CUCGUAUACAUAUCAGCAGUCUCGGUAACUUCCGGCUUCCUGCUGGCCUUAUCGUUCCCUCAAGUAUCGUACACCAAAACACCAUCAUUAACCCAAGUUUUUCGAUCAGUGAAGCGGAUCUACUCUAGCCCAAUAUUCCUCCUUAUGUUGAUGCUAUGGGGUGUACUGACAUCAGUGCACUCUCUAGUAUGGGGCUACGAGACUUCCCUCUACGACUACCUCAAAGUUGAACAACACUACAUUGGAGACUACAAUGGUAUUCUAGCUAGUAGUGGUCUCCUCCUAGGUGCUCUCAGCGCGAUGCUAUCUAAUAACGACUGGGUGUUGGCUCAGCACACAGCUCAUCCUCAUCGUUCCAUGAUCGUAGAAAGCGGCAUCAUAUCGCUGUGCAUCCUCCUCAUGAGCCGGUCUUCGCUGACUAGUCUCACGAUCGGCUUCAUCCUCUACUUUGGCGUGUACACUAUUAUGAACACUACAUUCAUCGGUCAUUGCGGAAGAUUCGCAGAAUCGUCGUUGAGCACCACUGCGUCGGAAAGGAGCCCAUUCGCUGCCCUUUUCACUGCCAACUUUCUCCUCUCGCAGUCCCUACAAACUCUGCUGACUUGGAUUGUCUAUCCUAGUCUCAAGUUGAACGUGCGUCAAGCGUGCGUGCUUAUGUCCUCUUACACAGGGAUUUCUACCAUACUAGCAACUGCCGCAGCGAUGUUGAUUUACGCCACACGUCGACGAUGAGUUUUUAUGUAAACAAUUAUGAACUUUUUCGUUGCAGUAUUGCCGACAAACUGUCUUCUCAUUGA